AUGGACAUGACUUGGGAUCAUUUGCAUGCAACACUGACUACCUUGAUGGAGCUGGAGUUGUAUGCCCUCUACUUGUGCAGCUCGCCUCCGCGAUCGGCCUGCCUUUUGGUAGACCCCAAAGACGAUGCUGAAACAAAGGAGCUGCAAUGCACGGUUUUGCAUGACAUGCGAGACGAGUGGAAGAUGAUCCAAGAGAUGGAGGCAAACCCAGAGAUGAACAUGUUGCUACGCAAAGAGUGCCCCUUUGUUUCCUUCCACCACUUCCGGGAAAUCCCCACCGUUUUCGACCAGAACGACUGGGCGAUGUGCCCGGACACUCGGGCAUGUGUGCAAGCCUGGUUCCCCCGCUACAGUUUUUCAUCAAACAUCGAAGACAUUUUCUCUUCGCUUCAGGAUGCAUGCCGCCGUGGUGUGAAGAACGGAGAUGCUUGCUUGAGCAACUUGCAAUGUGUGACUGUGCGGGCCGUGCAGCAGAAGAUGGAUGUGGAGGGCGGCCCGAACCUGGUGAAGCUCGAAAGUGAGGACUACGAGGGCAAUGCCAUUCGCAAUCUGAAGCCUCGCAUAUGGCGACCAGACUCGGCAUCGUCUUGUACUCCGGAUUCAAUUCUCGGGGUAAGUUCCGAGAUGCGAGUGGACGACGUCUUGAAGCCGUACGAGUCCACGAGUGCUUUCAAUCAUUGCAAGUCUCAGCUCAAUUUCCUGAGGGGCCUCCGGCUUGCAAAGAAGUGGCUGUGGCAGCAGCAAAGCCAGCUCGACUUGAAGAGCGGGCGGGACCUGCUCGAGGCCUCGGAGAAGUUUUGGAUUCCAUCCAUUUUGCAAAGGGGCCAGCUGCUGCAGAUCGAUGGAGCAUUUUAUCUUUGUGUGGGUGGGACACCUGCAGUGCCAUUGGAGGAGCAUAGACUCCUGUUCAUAGGAGGAUGGCCUGUGGCGACGGAGGACGAAACGAAGAUGCUGUCUCGGGAAGCCCGGUAUUCACAGAAGGAUCCGCUUCGAGACAAGGAGAGGGUGAAGGCUCUCCUGUUGAAGAUCCAAGCUGGGCAGCAUCCUCUGAGAGUCAUGCUGAUGGAUGACAUCGCCAAAGUCACGGUCUUUUCCUACAGUGUGCACUGGCUCCCUGCCAACUAUGCUGCCAAGCUCGGGGCUUCUCUUUGCUUACGCAGGGCAGCAAAUGGGCUGCCCCCUGUGGUCGACAUGGUGAAAAGCAAGGCGAUCGUACGCUUGACAUCAGAUCAGCUCUCCAAGCUCUUGGCGGCCCACGGAGUACAUGCGAGAAAGAACAGCACGAAGACAUUCAAGACGAGACAGAUCAUGCAGCUGCCAGUGGUGACAGAGAGCUGCUCCCAGGAGGAGCUGGAAGCCUUGGAUGUUUUGCUCCAGCAGCUUGAUCAAAAACGACGCAAGCAGCCGAAAGACGACCAAGACAAUGCCGCUGCUGAUGAUGAGGCCCUGGAUGAUGGUCUAGCUGAGGGGGCACAUGAUCCUGCUGUUGAGUAUGCAGAGCAGAUGCUUGACGAGAUGCCCGGCACGGAGGCAAGGGAUCAGAAUCUGCACCCGCACGAGGGCCUGAAGAGUGCCUCCGUGAAGGAAAGCUACGAAAAAAUGGUGAAUGGCUUCCGGGAGGACCGACUUGUGCUUCGUGAUUGUAAGCGAUCCAUGAACCGGGUGUGCGAUUGCGAGUGA